AUGAAUACAUCUAUAUCAUUACCACAUAGAAUAGAGGGACUUAUUAUAAAGCAUAUGUGGAAGGCAAAAUAUGCAAAGACAUUCUAUCAACGUGAAAUGAUUGAAAUGGCAACUGUAUGUUGGAGAUGGUUUGCACUCAUUUCAAAAGAAUUCUCUGAUCAAUAUAUCUUUAGAAAGAUACUAGACAAGGGAUCAGCCUUUGAAUAUCUUUAUAAGAUUGAGAAUCGGUGUUAUAAUAAUAGAGCUUCACAAAACUCCUAUUUUAAUAACCCAUUCGACAAUUUGAUGGGUGUAAAUAGUGCUGCUGCUUACUCUAUGUUCUCAAAUGUAACACAUCUCGCCAUAUGUGACCACGACGCAUUACCAGAGAGAUUGGGACUAUUCAAACUGAUCACCGAACAAGGUGGAUCGCUUCGCAAGCUGACCUACAAACAUUCAGCCCAUUUUGACCGUGUAGUGUACAAACUACUUGAUACAAAGUCAUUUAAAGAAUUACAAGAACUGGUGAUUGCACAACCAAUCAGAGAUUCUUGGGAACAUGAAGGUGUGACAAUAUUUAUCAAACAAGUAUCCUCUACACUGACCUCUCUAUCAUUGAAUCUAAACAAGAUUAAUUCAACAACAACAACAACAACAACAUUAACAACAACUCCAUUAGUUUCAGAGUCGAUUGGAUCAACUAUCUUUUCAUCAUUCAACUUUCCACUUUUGUCAUCAAUUACUCUUCGAAAUAUAGAACCAGAUUUUAAUUUUCCUUUACUUUUAAAAUUGCCCAACCUCACCAACCUCUGUUGCUCAAUGAAUACUAGAGUGAUCGAUUUCGAGAUGGACGAAAUUUCCUUUAUGUUGACCGGUGGUCAAGCCACAAUUCGAUCUCCAAGUCAGACAUUGAUCAAUUUUAUCUCGAAAACAACUUUAUUAAGAUCUCUAGAGAUCAAUGAUUUACUUGGAUCUGAAUUGCUCUCUGUAUUGGAAAAUCAAAAUAUCACAUCUAUUUCAAUUAUCUAUGAAUGUGAAAUACCAAGAUCUCGUGAUAAAGAAUCACCUUUUCCAAUUCCACCCCUUCACAAUCAAUUAGUUUCAUUUCAUCUCAAUCAAGGACCAUUUAUUUCAUACCUCAAAUUUGUUAAUCUCAUUUGGAAGGUUCCAACACAACCCAUACUCAAUUUGACAACUCUCUCGGUUGACUAUACAGACAUGUCAUUUAUUCACCAGUUGCAAGGGAAUUCAAAAUUGGGUGGCCAAAAGAGACCAAAAAGUAGUAGAAUCAAUGGCUCUACACAACCCUCGUCUGGAAAGUAUCCAAGUAUUGAAUGGUCAAGAUAUUAUCCCUCAAAAAGAACAAGAGGUUGUAUUGUUUGCACAAAUGUUAUUUACAAUGCUUCCCAAUACAUUUCAAGAAAUGUUAAUUUAAAGUUAAAUAAUAAUAAUAAUAAUAAUAAUAAUAAUAAUAAUAGAAAUAAUAAUAAUAAUAAUAAUAAUAAUAGAAAUAAUAAUAAUAAGAUAUAG